AUGAUUCCUCAGCGACGACUUCGGCCUCUGUUCAUUGCUAUGCUAGUAUUACUAGUAAUACUCUUCUACUAUUCGGGAGACGGAAGCAAGAUUCAGAACCAACGGUUCUACCGGUCUACGGUGAAAGCGAUUGAGGCGCAGAGACAUGCAGAACACGAAGCAGCCGUCGUGAAAGCACAGCCCGAUCCCAAACCGAUUGUUCCAGAAGCGCCAAAGGCAGAGGUUCCGAAGGCAGACACCGGUAACCCCAAAGGAGACAGUGAAGAGAUGCAGGAGAUACCUAUUGCGGGGAGGACUAAGAUGACCGUUCCCAAGAACAAGGAUAAUGCGCCUAAAAAGGAGAAGGAGCAGGCUCCUGAAACCGAUGACCACGCGGAGGCUAAGGAUGAGUUGAAUGCUAUCCUGAAACGGGCCCCAAUCAUCGUCUUCUCGAAAUCUUACUGUCCUUUCAGCGCAAAAGCCAAGUCCAUCUUGCUCAAGAAAUACUCUAUUGUUCCGGAGCCAUAUGUGGUCGAGCUUGACCACCACAAACUGGGACGAGCACUCCAGAGCGUUCUAGGUGAAAGCACCGGCCGCCGUACCGUACCGAAUGUUUUGGUUAACGGAAAAAGUAUUGGAGGAGGUGAUGAUGUAUCCGCAUUGGAUCAAGAAGAUCAAUUGGCUUCGACAUUGAAGAACCUCGGUGGGAAGUGGAUCCAGGAGGUCACUCGCAAGAGUCAGGAGGAAUGA